AUGAUCAAUUAAGUCUGUCAACAUUGCUAUACUAGUAGAGUAAUAAAUAUAAUAACUCAUGAAAUAAAAUAAGCAGAUAACGGAUAUGGCUACCCUCUAUUAGAUAAUAUAACUUAUGAAAGAAUAAAUCAAAUAAAAAUACAAAUAGAGUCAUAACUUCCAAUUUCUAAAGAUCAUCAUCCCAGUUUAGUUCUAACUGAUAAUAGAGAUAAGGAAUUUGGCUAUUUAAAUCCACAAAAUCGAAAUGAAUUCAGACAAUAUGAUCUAGAUGGGAAUAGAUAUUUGAGAAGCGAUGUUUUAUAUAAAUCUAUUCUCAGAGAUGUGAAAAAAUAUUAUACAAAAGACUUUAAUGAAGCUACCUAAUUUAUCACGCUUCAAAGUAUAAAAGAUUUAAGAUGCUUUGUUCCUCUUGCGGCUUCAUUUCUCCGUUAAAGAUUCCCUGAAUUCAGCUCACAAAUAGAUCCAAGGAAAUGGUUUCAGUCUACUAAAGAUGUCAUGAAUAUUCCUGAUGAUUUUAUUUUCUUUUUCGGCUGCUUAAUUUAUCCGAAAUAAAUGUUUCAAAUUAUAUACUCUGAAUAUAAUCCUAAGAAAAUGACUAAGCGGAAAAGAAUAUACUCAGAUAAUUUCAAAAUUAGUCAAUAAGCAGAAAAAAUAUUGAAGAUUUCUCAUGAAUCAUUAUAUAAAUUUUCACUUGAGAAGCUAUUCAGAUUAGUAACAACUGAGAAAUAUUCAUAUCUUUAUUGUUCAUUUUUCUAAAAAUUAGCUAUGACUAAAAAUUAUAUUGAAAACAAGAAUUAUUCCAAACCAUUUUAUCGAGCAUAUGUCUUGGCUUACAAUGCCCUAUUGCUAGUAUCAUAAAAAAGCUUGAUUUCAUCCAUUUAUGAAGAGGGAAAUAUUGAGAAAAAAAGAUAAAUAUUUGAGUUAAUACAAUUGAAAUAGAGACCUAUGAAGUUAUUUGAGGUACAAUCUUUAAAAAAAUAGUAAAAUAAGUAGUAAAAGUACAUUAAUUCAUUCAAGGAGAUCAAAAUGCUAAAUAAAAGAAAUGCUUCUCUUGAUAUUUGGGAUUUGGAACAGGAAAUAAUAUUAAGUUCUAAUGAUACGCAAAGUUAUGAUUCUAGCUAUAAAUGA